AUGGGAUCCAAAGAGGCGACAGUCGCCUCGUUCGUCGAGUCGGCCCCACCAGGAGAGCUUUCCAACGUCGUGAAUGACAUCAAAGCGUUAGCGAGCAACCAACCGAACCUCCUCCAGUCCCUCGAUCCCGCGUUCAAGAAGUACAAUGAAGAGCAGUAUGUGACGGUCAAGUUGCCAGGUGGCAGUGAGGCGGUGCUCAUCAGCGAGUAUAACUCGUUAGGCGACGGACGAUACCAUGACACUGCUAGCCAGACGUCGUUUGAAGUAGACCAUGCUGCACAGAAAGCCUCCAACACCCAGCAACACCCUCUCGAAGGCCAGCACUCCGACCUGAUCAAGUCCCUCCUCAAGGCCUUCGGCUCUGCUUCCGCCGAACACUUUCCUUCCUCAACCAUCGGCAUCUACUCAACUCAGUCCGACUCCGCCGUCGCCCUCGUUCUUGUCGCCAACAAGUACUCGGCACAAAACUUCUGGAACGGCCGCUGGCGAAGCACAUACAUUCUUGACCCCUCCAGCAACAGCCUCAGUGGAACCGUCAAAGUAGAUGUGCACUACUACGAAGACGGCAACGUGAGGAUGAGCACGAGCAAGAAGCUGGAGCUUAGCGGAGCAAGCAGUGCGGAGGGCAUCGUGAGGGAGAUUGCAAAGGCCGAGAACAAAUUCCAGGAGGAGCUGAACCGCGCCUUCACGAAUUUGGCAGAGGGCAGCUUCAAGGCUUUGAGGAGACCGCUGCCGGUGACUCGGCAAAAGGUCGAGUGGGAGAAGAUUGGAGGAUACCGGCUGGGCCAGGAUAUUGGUGGUGGACGGUCGAAGUGA